UGCUGCUGCGUCGACUGGCCAGAUCAGCGCCCCCACGACGAUGCCAUCCUCGCAGGCCGUCGUCUCUGCGGUGGCACCGGCCUCGCUGGCUGGUGCCCCUGCCGUGGUUGAGUCCCAACCUCCCGUGGUGGGUCAAACAUCUUUUUCUCAUCUCGCCAAGAGACCUUCUGCUUCUCGAGCUCAGAAGCUAACCAUCUCCACCCAUAUGGACUCAUAUGUGGUGGAUAACGCUGUCGGACCUCAUGGAUCUACGCUGAUUUCGGAUGUCAUGUCCCGGAUCGGCCAGAGCUAUGGCAGUUUCGAGGCUCCCCAGUGGCAGUGCUUAACUGGCACCCGAGACCGCACUGUUCUCUACGAGAAGAGUAUCGAGCACACCGCUGCAGCUCUUGCCUUCACGGCCCAGCUCAACUACGAGCUUAAUAACGAGAUCCAUUCGAGCAGGACUCAUGCCCAAGAGGCAAAGGACCUCCACCUUAGAGCGAACCACGAUCUGAAGGCGACGAAUGCUAAGCUCGAGGCAGUGGUUAAGGAGCGUGAGGAUAUGGCCAAGGAGCUCGGAAAGCUGAAGGCUGAACUCGAGGAGCAAAAGAAAGAUAACACCCAGCUUCGGGAGACCAAUAAGAAGCUCGAGGAGGACAAGACCGCCACCUUCGACCUCAUAGAAGAUGUCAAAGCUCGCCUUACUGCCGAGUACAAAGAAAAGAAGGAAAAGGCGGUCGACUCAGCCAUGUACCGGAUGUGGGCUUAUAAUGAAGAGCUGGACACCAGCUUCUUGGGUCCCCACGAGGCGCCGUUUCUCAAGCGAUGGAACGCUCGACUCGAGGAGGAAGAGGCCGAACAGCUCGAGAAGGAAAAGGCUGAGCAGCUCGAGAGAGAGAAUGCUGCUCCGGGCACAGUUUCGGUGGAAGCUCAGGAGGAUAGUCAUGCUAUUCAUCCUGGUGGGUCCAGUGUUACUGAUGCUGAGAAGGCCAAGGAGACUCCUCUUCCUUGAAUCUGGCCUCGGGGAGAUCAGUUAU